AUGCGCUGGCAAAGGGAGUGGGAUGUGCAGAUCUCUGCCCGACCCGCCCGCGGAAUAAAGGAAGGGAAGGGGUCCCUGAGCCCCGGCAGCAGCGCACACCGAGGAGCAACACUCCAGCCCCCAGCCUGGCCAGCAGGGGACGGGCGCGAAGACUCGCCCCGGCCUGCAGCCCCUCCUCGGAGCCCCUCGAAGGGCGAGCCGGGCUCGCGAGCGGCUCCGACCCCGGCCCGAGGGCAGCACGCGCGAAAGGCAGCGACGCGCGAUCUCCUCCAUCUCUCAGGCGGCAAGCGGCGAGCGCGCCGCGGCGGAGGAGCCGGGAGGGACGGGGCUGGCCCCGCCCCCAGCCCCGCCCCGCCCCUGCGAGUCCGCGUCGGGGAGCUUUCGGCCCCGCCUUCCCCCUGUCGGUCCAAGGAAAGCAAAGCUGUGAGGGUGCUUCCCUCGCGGCAGUGUACGCUGGCCAGUGGUCCUGGAGAGGCUGAGGGACCGGACAACCCACUUGUAACCUUCCAGGAGCACACCAGGGGGAGUGUGCUGAAGGGAGCUCGGAGGGCCCUGCAGACCGCUGUACGGCGCCAAGUGCUGCCAGGCACACUCUUGGCUCGGUGCCACGAGAGGAUGCUGCGCCACUGGACCACACGAUGCCAAGACGAUGCCAGAGCAGCCAACACUUGUGUAGCUGAAGCCCUGCUGCCCAGCUGUACUGCCUGCACAAGCGGCAUUCAGAGCAAGCAGAAGCUGUUGCCCAAGAGACUGGAGCUCAGAAGGGCCUCAUCCAAUCCUAUUGCCUGUUUUUCUUUUCUUUUAAGCAAAGACUUUGGCCUAAAUUUCUAG